UUCAACCACAGACAACGAUCGAUUGUGUCAUUUCCUGUAAUAACGCAACGAGUCGCGAGCGGAGUGUAACACGGUUCUCAGUCUGCCAUUGAAAUUAAGUAUUUGUUAAAAAUGUCGCUGAUCUCCGCUCGUUUGGCCUCCUCGGUGGCCAGGCGCUUGCCUAAUGCUGCCACCCAGGUGUCGAAGGUCGCUGUGCCCGCGGUGGCGGUGGCUUCCCGCAAGCUCCAUGUCUCGUGCACGCAACGGGCUGCCGAAAUCUCCACAAUCUUGGAGGAGAGAAUCCUCGGUGCCGCACCCAAGGCCGAUUUGGAAGAGACUGGCCGUGUGUUAAGCAUCGGAGACGGUAUUGCCCGUGUGUAUGGUCUUAAAAACAUUCAAGCUGAAGAGAUGGUGGAAUUCUCUUCUGGUCUAAAGGGUAUGGCCCUUAACUUGGAACCCGACAAUGUUGGUGUGGUGGUGUUCGGUAACGACAAGCUGAUCAAGGAAGGCGACAUUGUAAAACGUACUGGUGCCAUCGUAGACGUUCCCGUCGGCGAACAGCUACUCGGACGAGUAGUAGAUGCUCUUGGAAACGCCAUUGAUGGCAAGGGUCCCGUUGACACCCAGUCACGUAUGCGUGUCGGUAUCAAGGCUCCUGGUAUUAUCCCCCGUGUAUCUGUACGCGAGCCUAUGCAGACUGGUAUUAAAGCUGUGGACUCCCUAGUACCUAUUGGCCGUGGACAGCGUGAGCUGAUCAUUGGUGACCGUCAGACCGGUAAAACUGCCCUGGCUAUUGACACCAUCAUCAAUCAGCAACGUUUCAACAAGGGUGACGAUGAGAAGAAAAAGCUUUACUGCAUCUACGUUGCCAUCGGUCAGAAGAGAUCUACUGUUGCACAGAUUGUCAAGAGGCUGACUGAUGCUGGUGCCAUCAACUAUACAAUUAUCGUGUCCGCUACCGCUUCUGACGCCGCUCCUCUGCAAUACUUGGCACCUUACUCUGGCUGUGCCAUGGGAGAGUUCUUCCGUGACAACGGCAGGCACGCACUUAUCAUCUACGACGAUCUUUCCAAGCAGGCUGUCGCCUACCGUCAGAUGUCCCUGCUGCUGCGUCGUCCCCCUGGUCGUGAGGCCUACCCUGGUGAUGUGUUCUACCUCCACUCCCGAUUGCUUGAACGUGCCGCCAAGAUGUCAGACAAGAUGGGUGGUGGUUCUUUGACUGCUCUCCCUGUCAUUGAGACCCAGGCUGGUGACGUAUCUGCAUACAUUCCCACCAAUGUGAUCUCUAUCACCGAUGGCCAGAUCUUCUUGGAGACUGAAUUGUUCUACAAAGGUAUCCGACCAGCCAUCAACGUCGGUCUGUCUGUAUCCCGUGUAGGAUCCGCUGCUCAGACCAAGGCCAUGAAGCAGGUUGCUGGUUCCAUGAAGCUGGAGCUGGCUCAGUACCGUGAGGUAGCCGCUUUCGCCCAAUUCGGUUCAGAUUUGGAUGCUGCUACUCAGCAACUGCUUAACCGUGGUAUGCGUCUUACUGAGCUGCUCAAGCAGGGACAGUAUGUGCCCAUGGCCAUUGAAGAACAGGUUGCCAUCAUCUACUGUGGUGUUCGUGGACAUCUCGACAAACUUGACCCCACCAAGAUCACCGCUUUUGAGAAGGAAUUCACCCAGCACAUCAAAACCAGCCACCAGGCCCUGCUUAACACCAUCGCCAAGGAUGGUCAGAUCACACCCGAAUCUGAUGCGUCAUUGAAGAAGAUCGUCACAGACUUCCUCGCUACUUUCACAGCGCAGUAAAGCCUAGUUUCGACGAAAUUGUCUUAAGAUUGUACAAAAUUAUCCAAUAAACCCAAAUGCUUUGUACAAUCUCAAGCCAAGAAUCAGUAAAAUAUUAAGUGACCGUCAAUGGAAGCGUUCAAAGCUUUGUGCUUCAAUCAGUGGUCUAUAGUAGUGAUCAUUCAUAUGGACUGUAUUGAAUGUGAAUACAAUCAUGGAAUGUAUUUAUCUUUUGGAGUCAGCAGUGGUUAUAUAUAAAUAAAAUUAUUAUUUA